AUGGAGAAAGAGAUGACGGACCUGGAGACGAAGUUAACGCAACUAAGCAUUGGAGUCGAAAGAACGCAAGCCAUUCUUGACUCAGGUAAGCGAGUAGCUAUUAAGCGGCACCUUGAGGCGUUACAAACUGCAAAAGAAACGAACGAGUGCAAACGCACUGUCGAAGCAGCUAAAAUAACCGAGAAGGAAGAACUUUCGAAAAUUAACGAAUGGAGUGACGAAAUUGACCAUGGCUUGAGAAUGGCUCGUCGACGCGGAACCAGCAGAAAAGUUUGUAACGCAGGAGGAGUCAACCCACAGAAAGCGAUGUCUUUGACAAGUUGAUCGAAAAGUACCCUUUGCGAAAGGUUUUGAGAAUCUGCGCCUGGAUUCAGAGAUUCGCCAGAAACUGUCAGACUCAACCUGAGAUUUAGGACCGUUAAAAAUAUGGGAAAUCAAAGAGCGAGAUCUGUGGUGGAUCAAAAGGCACAGCGCGAAGCAGAAAAUAGCCAGGAGAUCGAAGCGAUCAAACGUGAGCUUAACCUUCAGCCGAACGAGAUGGGGAUCCUUGAAUGUGGUGGUAGGAUCGAAGGCAAAUACCCGAUUUAUCUGCCUCGGGACUGCACUUACACAGAGAAAAUGAUUGAGCAAGCUCACCUCGCCACACUUCACGGUGGUGUGGCAAAUGUUCGAGAACGGUUUUGGGUCUCUUGA